AAUGUCCUGACUUCGUCUAAGAUGAAGGUAUGGAAGUCAGCAGCCAUAGCCUCGAUGCUCCUCAGCUCCAUGUUGUCAAUUUUGGUUUGUAGAGACUUGUUCAGCAGAAGCCAGAAAUUCAGCUCUUCCUCAUCGUCUCCUUUGCUCCCUGGAGGUCAGAGAAGACUCCCGCGGGCUCUGGGACGCCGUAAUUCGCUGAUUUCCCAUUACAGCACAUUGUUUGAGAGCUACACAGAGGGAGAAAUCCGCCAGCUGAUCUCUACAUUAAUCGAGCGGUACAGCCAGUCAAUGAACUCUGGAGGCCACGAGCUGCCAUUGUUCACCAAAGCCGGCAACCGGAUGAAGCGCGCCAAGGCUCGCCAUAAGCCCUGCUCCCUCAAGGAACUGGAGGUUACCGUUAGCGAGCUGGGCCUGGGGUACACUUCAGACGAGACGGUGCUGUUUCGCUACUGCAGUGGCACCUGCGAUUCAGCCGUGCGGAACUAUGACCUGUCUUUGAGAAACGUGCGGAAGAUGCGGAAGAUCAAGAAAGAAAAAGUGAGGGCUCGGCCCUGCUGUCGUCCCCUGGCAUACGAUGACGACAUCUCCUUCUUGGACGCGGGUAACCGUUACUACACGGUGAACGAGGUGUCAGCCAAAGAAUGUGGUUGUGUGUGA